AUGGUGGUGGUGGAGCCGCACGUCGAUCGGGACUGGCUCUGCCGGAUUCGCGGGUUUCACUCGGUGCGCGAGGUGGUGGUUCUGGGGCCGGUGGACUCCCCCGCGAUGGCCUCCUUCGCCUAUCCGCUGCUCUCCUUCGGGGUCCUCCCGGGGCCGGCGACCUACGAGCUCUACAACGCGGCCGGGCAGAAGCUGGGAAGGGGGGCCGAGAGGGCGAGGCUGCCGAUGGACCCCCCGCACGAGGCCCAGGGCUACACGCGACGCUUCGUCGACGAGGUCUCCGCGUGGAUGAUCGCGCCGAACGACUUCCGGGGGUUUACCGGGCAGCAUCGCUGUCUUGCGUUUGUCCGCCAGACGCGCCCGGUGCUGCGGGCGCGCAGGUCCGACCCCCUCGUGCGCGAGGCCGGGGAAACGCAUAAAGACAGCGUCGGGACGACCCCGGGGGGGGAGGGUAUGGCCUCGACAGAAGAAGAAAACACGAAAUUGGAAUGCGAAAAGGAGAGCCCGCCAUGCGGUAGGUGA